GGCCGCUCUCCGCCAUGUGGGGCCGGCGGCGGGCCCGGCGCGGCGGGCGCAGCGCCCAGGAGCUGCGGCUGCGGCGGCGGGAGCGAGAGGCAGCUCUCAGGAAGGCGAGGCGGCAGGAGCAGCUGGUCAGCAAGCGCCUUCUGCGGGAGGACAGCGCGGCCCAGGAGGGCGGCCAGGAUGGAGCAGACGUCGUGCCAGACCCACUCUCAGAGGAUGAGGUUCUGGAGCUGCUCAGGGGCGUGCAGAGAGGUUCAGAGGACAGGAAGCGAUGGCUCGGCCGCCUCCGCUGGGCUCUGCAGAACGAGGAGACUCAGCAGAAGUUUGUCAGGCUGGACGGCAGCAUCCGGACGCUCACUGGGCUCUUCACCAGCAGCCUGGCUGAGCUGCAGCUGGAGGCUGCUCGCUGUCUGCACGAGCUGUCCCACUCCAGUGUCCCCGCGGUGGCCGAGGUGUGUCUGCCCGUCACCUCCUACCUGCUCACCUACCUGUCGGGACACAGCCUGGAGCUCACGGAGCUGUGUUUGUACACCCUGGGGAACCUCGUAGUAGAAAGCGAGGCUGUGAGGAAGCAGCUGCUGCCUCAGGGCAUUAUUCCAGUGCUGGCAUCCUGCAUCCAGUCCCCGCACGAGGCGGUGCUGGAAGGCGUGGGUUAUGUCCUCUCACAGCUCCUGCAAGCCAAGGAAGCGCCCACAGAGAUCAUCCCCCUGCUCCUGGACUCGCCUCUCCCCCAGCACAUGCUGCCACUGGUUUGCUCCGGCCUCAAGGCUGGCAUGGGAGCGGCCGUGGAGUUUGCGUGGUGUCUCCACUACAUCAUUUGUAGGCACACAGACAACGCGGUGCUGCUGGAGCUGGGGGCCGUGCCUGCCCUCACCUCGCUGCUGCUCGACCUGGCUUCCCAAAUCUCCCAGGGCGCUCCCGAGGGCCUGGAGCUGCUCGUGUGCCCCGUGCUGCGGAGUCUCAGUAACCUGCUGGCACAGACAGGCUGCCAGGGCCAGGACGGGCGCCUGCUCAUCGCCCUCUUCCUCAUCCUGCAGUGCUUCCUGCAGCAGCACCCCUUCCUCGUCCAGGAGUGCCUGUGGCUGCUCAACAACCUCACGGCGGAUGAUCCCUUCUUCUGCUCUGCUCUGCUGUCCCUGGACCUGCUCCCGGCCCUGCUGCAGCUGCUGACGUGUUCCCAGAUGGCCACAGUGCUGGUCCUGACCGUGCUGUGCAACAUCGCAGAGAAGGGAGCGCUGCAGUGCCGGCGGCUGCUCCAGCAGCCCCUCCUGCCCCAGCUCCUGCCCCUCCUCACCCUGCCCCACCCCGAGGCCGUGGGGCAGUGCCUGGAGCUGCUGCACCUCCUCUUCCUGCACUGCCCGGAGGUGAGAGCGGGAGAGCUCAGGGCGCAGGCUGCUGCUGAUUUCACCAGGCGAGGUGGGCACCAGGCCCUGGAGCAGCACCGGAGCACUCCAGAGCUGCAGGAGCGGGCACAGGCACUGCUGGACACGGUCAGGCAGCCCCCAGGAGCCCCCAGUGCCUGCCAGGCCACACUGGCUGCCUUCUCCUAGGCCUCGCCCCCUCCCUUCCCUCCCCUGAACUGCCAGGGGAGGAAUAAACUGUUCACCCUGUGCCCGGCUCCCCAAGGGCUGCUCAGGGCUCUGCUGUGCCCAGUGCUGGCUGCACAGGGGGCUGGUCCUUGUCACCACCUGGCAGCCACCGGCCCGGUGCCCCCCAGAGCCUGGAGCAGGGGCAGAGCUGAGCUGCAGCCCAGGCACACUCUCCUGUGCCAGGGAGGGGUGAACGGCUGCAUCAGCCAUUCCUUGGGCUCUCAGCCACCACCAAGCUCAAGGUAAGCACAUUGUUUAUGAAUUGAUAAAUUAAAGAUACAUCUCUGACAUUAAAGAUAAUCAGUCAAGUCUCCA